AUGAGGCGGGCGAUACAUACCGGUGACGCGCUGCUCUUCGAACGAAUCCUCAAAUCACACAAACAGCUGCUGCACAAUCCUGAUUCGUCGACGCAAGGCAUUUCAAACUCGAAUUUACAUCUGGCAGCGUCCUUGGGCCACAAACGAAUAUGCGAAACGCUGCUGGCUGCCGGGCACGAGACUCCCAACCCCGCAUUGAAUGAGCAACAUCAAACGGCUCUGAUGCUGGCUGCCCGCGCAGGACACUUGGAAGCUGUCCGAGUUAUCGCUGAGAACGAUUAUACCUGUAUACUACGACGCGAUAUUCGUGGCCGGGAUGCUAUUAUGGAAGCUAGUGCUGGGGGCCACGACAAGAUUCUCCAGUUCUUGUUGGCCUAUGUGCCGGGCGGCGCGUAUGAAGCGGUGCAGAGGGCCGAUGGAGAAGGAAAUACCGCUCUUCACUUUGCAAGCAUCAAUGGGAACCUCAUGGGCUUGCGAAUUCUGCUCGUCGCGGGCGCGGAUGCGGAAACAACAAAUGCCUGGAACUGGACACCUGCGUCGUACAGCGCCAGCGUGCAAGCCGAGGUCUAUCUGAAGGGUCUUGUCGUGGAAAUGAAGAACCGAAAAAUGCUCCGACAAGAGAUUGAAGGGGCAAGGAUUAGCAUGAUCAAGAAAGUGGAAAGCGACGACGACGACGACGACGAGGAUGACGAUGACGAUUCCUAA